CGCAUCAGCUGGUGCUAAGCAAUGCAUCAGAGUGGCUGGCAUCGCAGCUAGAGCGGUGCAGCAGCAGCACCGGCGCCUCAGAGCUCGGCUGCGGCGGCUUGCCAGCAGCAUCAACCUCCGAUCGCCGCCCCGUGCUGCGCAUCCCCCUUCCCAGCGAGGCUGAGGUCCCCAGCGCUCGCUCCGCCAUCCGCUUCGCCUACACCGGCGAUGUAGACGCCGCCAGCAUUCGGGAGGCCCUGCAGGUGCGGCGGCAGGCGGUGCGCCUGCAGAUCAAGGGCUGCACCGCCGCCUGUGAUGACAUCAUACAGGCAAAGCUAAGCGCCGCCGCCGCUGCUACUGCCGGCGCUGUUUCCGGAGCUAGCAGCAGCCAGCAGGCAGGCGGUAGCAGUAGCAAUGCCGCCGCUGGCGGCGGCGGCGCGGGAGGCAAUAGCAGCCGCGGGAUCUCGGCCCAGCAGCUUCCGGCGGUGCUAGAGCUCUAUGCGUGUGAGGCGCUGUGGCCUGAUUCCUGCAAGAACAACGGCGGCGGAGCAGACGCUGACGACGGCCCUAGCUUCGCCGCCAUUCUAGAGGCCGCCAAGCCGCAGCUUGUGUCGUACUUUGGCGACGCGCUGCGGGUCCUCAACACGCCCCCCCUCCGUCAGCAGCUGCUGGCUCUGCCGGCGGUGGCGGUGGAGGCGCUGCUCGAGUCGGACAGCUUCGGCACCGAUAGCGAGUCCAGCGUGCUGCUGCUUCUGGCCGCCUGGAUGAAGGUCAACUACGGCAAGACGGACACGGCAACGCGCAAGCGGCUGUGCCGGCAGGUGCGUCUCGUGCAGCUCAGCAGGCCCUACCUGGGCUUCAUCCUACCCGCGCUCGCCCGGGACCACGAGCUCAGCCCGCAGCUGCCCGCCGGCUGGUUCCCCAUCAGCGUCACCGAAGCCGCCUUCAUCGCCCAUGUUGCCGGCGCACCUUCGGAGCAUGAACGCACGGAGCUCCUGAAGGGAGCUUUUGACUUUUACGACGUCUUCCAACCUUCGUACAAUACGACAGCGCGCACGCAGAGCCUGCCGCCCCGCGACCUAACCUGCUGUUGGCAUGUUCCCCAACGGCUGCUGGAGCGAGCGUUAGCCGGGCUGCAUCCCGGCGGUACCGUGAG